AUGCAACAUAGCGACUCUAGAGUCGCUGAAGCCAUUGAGUGCCCUCCGACCAGGGCUGACGCCCCACAGUGUCGCCCCUUCUCCAAGACAGCCCUGUCAAUCGGCAGGUACAUUGAGCUCGACGAUUUCCCGUCGUCGACAAAUCAUGUCCACAACGACAGAGGGCAUGUGACUUCAUCUAAAAAGAAGCGCCGGUCUAUCUACCUUCCAAACACAUUAUGGACACGGUCGUUUGGUACCACGGUGAUCCUCGAAACCCUGGCUACCGUUGGGAUCGAGAGCUGGGUACUUGUCAGCAUGUUGAACGAGCUUGACAAGAUUGAUAAGUCUGAGGCGACGCUGCGCAUUCAGUCAUUUCUCGGACUUUACAUAUUCGCGCUUCUCUACGAGCUGGCGCUUUCAUACGAUGCUUUACGACGCAAGAACACCUUUCAGCUGGUUGGACUGUGCAUCUGUAACCUUGGUCUUUUCAUCUAUGGCAUCAUUCAGAUGAGAGAAAUCAGAGAGACCGUCACUGAAGUAGUAGCCGAUACUUCGCGCAGCAACAGUAUUUGGUCGACGUACCAGAUCGAACUUAUCUUGGUUCCAGUCUUUCUAGGUGUCGGCACUGCCAUCAUGGCAUUCGUGACGUGGAAGCUUCGUGCGGAAUUUUCGUGGUCAAUCUAUAAAGACAUCAGCGCAGACUUGCGAAUGAAUCGCCGAUAUACUGUCUACCAGGUCUACAUCGCCCUCUUGAAAUUUGACUGGUUCUUCAUUUUUGGAACACAGCUUCAGAUUCUACUCUCAAUUCAAGAUUUCAAUAAUGAAGAGUUCAUGAUCAACGCGGCCAUGGUACCCGUUGCCAUCAUAACUCUUGCCCUAGCGGCUUUCUUUUGUCGACGAGAGAAAAGAAAAUCCCUUGUCAUUGUCAUGUUCUUUAUGGCUGCCAUCUUGACAAGUAUCAUCAAAACCAUGUUCCAAAUGUACCGUUUGACAGACAACAGUGGUCUCAGCGCGUUCAAGACAUCCCUCACACUAUUUGCCGCGAUUGCGACCUUUUUAAUCUCUUCAACACUGGUCAAUUCUGUCUGGUCCGGUUUCUCAUCCGUCAGGGGCUCGGAGCUCACAGAUUAA